AAAAUAAUCUGAAACUUAAUAGAGGAAAUUUGGAACAUCUUGGUAUUGUUUUGUGAUUAAACGUUUAAUCUAUAGGCCAAUAGCCAUCACAUUGAGUGAGAAAUCUUAUAUCAAGGGAGAAGUUUAAAAACACUAUGGACACAUUUGCACCAAAGUCAGGUGAUGGAGUAAGAGCAGCAUGCAAAAGAUGUGGUUAUGCUGGUCACCUGACCUUCCAGUGCCGUAACUUUAUCAAAGCUGACCCAAAUAAAGAGGUGUUAUUGGACGUUAGCAGCACCAGCUCAGACUCCAGUGAUGUGGACUUUGUAUCACCGCUUACGCAACUGAAAAAAGAAAAAUUUGAGAAGGAAAAAGAAAAGAAGACAUCAUUGAAGAAAAAGAAGAAAGAAAGGUCAAGAUCACGGUCACCAGUGAAGAAGAAAAAGUCCAAAAAACACAAGAAAAACUGGUCUGACUCUGAGAGUGAUUCUAAAAGUGAUAUAUCAGAAUCCUCUCACAAGAAAAAGUAUCGAAAGUCAAAGAAAAAGCACAAGCAUCGCGACAGUGACUCAAGUGACAGUGAAGACCAAAGUGAUAACAGAUCAAGGAGGAAGCACAAAAAGAAAUCAAAAAAGCACAAAAAACAUCAGGAUUCCAGCAAGAGUGACUCCGAUUCUGGGAAAGGGGGGCGUGGGAAGUAUAGCAGCUCAAAAUACUAUGUGUCAUACAAAGAGAUGAUGUAAAAAGAUCAAAUUUUGUACAUUCUUGAGAAAUAUAAAUGCUCAGAAAACCUCAUCUAAAAGACAAUAAUGGACAUGGAUUCCCAAAUCUAACUCUGAAGUGUACAAGUCAGAGGGGAAUUCAUUAUACAUUGACGAACAAUAAAAAUUAUUCCAAGUAAAUUGUACAGUGUACAUCUAAAUUAUUGUCAUUUUGUGUCACAAAAAUAAAAUUGCAGUGUUCCAGAGGCA